CUUUCAACUCACAACUCUAUUAUCUCUAUUUUUCUCAACAAACAAUGACAAAAGCAAUUGGUAUUGAUCUUGGAACAACAUAUUCUUGUGUAGGAGUCUGGCAAAAUGACCGUGUAGAAAUCAUUGCAAAUGAUCAAGGCAACCGUACUACUCCUUCCUUUGUGGCCUUUACUGAUACAGAAAGACUUAUAGGCGAUGCAGCCAAAAACCAAGCAGCUCUUAAUGUUGGCUCCACAGUAUAUGAUGCUAAGCGACUUAUUGGACGACGAUUCAAGGAUGAAGAAGUACAAUCAGAUAUGAAGCAUUGGUCAUUCAAAGUGGUGGAAAAGGAAACCAAACCGGUGAUUCAAGUGGAAUAUAAAGGUGAAACCAAACUUUUUACUCCUGAAGAAAUCUCUUCCAUGGUUUUGGUCAAGAUGCGUGAAACUGCAGAAGCUUAUCUUGGUACCAAAGUCGACAAUGCAGUGAUCACUGUGCCAGCAUAUUUUAAUGAUUCUCAACGACAAGCAACAAAAGAUGCAGGUAUGAUUGCUGGAUUGAAUGUAUUACGUAUCGUCAACGAACCUACAGCAGCCGCUAUUGCUUAUGGUCUGGACAAACAAGACUCUUCUUCUGGUGGAAAACUCAGUGAACGCAAUGUUCUUAUCUUUGAUUUGGGUGGUGGUACUUUUGAUGUUUCUCUUUUGACCAUUGAUGAUGGUGUGUUUGAAGUCAAGGCAACGGCUGGGGAUACUCAUCUUGGUGGUGAAGAUUUUGACAAUCGAUUGGUGGCUCAUUUUAUUCAAGAAUUCAAGCGCAAAUAUAAAAAGGAUAUUUCUGGUAAUGCUCGAUCAGUCCGACGUCUACGUACAGCUUGUGAACGUGCCAAGAGAACAUUAUCAUCAGCAGCUCAAACAUCAUUGGAAAUCGAUUCUCUAUUUGAAGGUAUUGACUACUACACUUCUUUGACACGUGCCCGGUUUGAAGAAUUGAAUCAAGAUCUGUUCCGUUCUACUUUGGAACCAGUGGAAAGAGUACUUCGUGAUGCCAAGAUGGAUAAGGGCCAAGUGCAUGAUAUUGUUCUGGUUGGUGGAUCAACACGUAUUCCUAAAAUUCAAAAAAUGGUAUCUGAUUUCUUCAAUGGCAAAGAACCCAACAAAUCAAUCAAUCCUGAUGAAGCAGUGGCUUAUGGUGCAGCAGUACAAGCAGCUAUCUUGACAGGUGAUACUUCGGAAAAGACUGAUUCUUUACUUUUAUUGGAUGUGGCUCCUUUGUCUCUUGGUAUUGAAACAGCAGGUGGUGUGAUGACUCCUUUAAUCAAACGUAACACUCCUAUCCCAGCUAAGAAAUCAGAAACUUUCUCGACCUAUGCUGAUAAUCAACCAGGUGUAUUGAUCCAAGUAUAUGAAGGUGAACGUGUACGAACAAAAGAUAAUAGUAUUUUGGGCAAAUUUGAACUCUCUGGUAUUCCUCCUGCUCCUCGUGGUGUACCACAAGUAGAAGUGACAUUUGAUUUAGAUGCCAAUGGUAUUUUGAACGUUAGUGCUUUGGAAAAAUCCACUGGUAAAGCCAACAAGAUCACUAUUACUAAUGACAAGGGUCGACUCUCCAAGGAAGAAAUUGAACGUAUGGUCAAUGAUGCUGAAAAAUACAAGGCAGAAGACGAAGAAGCAGCAGCUCGUAUCAAAUCUCGCAAUGAUCUAGAAUCUUAUUCCUAUCAACUUCGAAACUCACUUCAAGACGAUGCCAUUAAACUACCAGUCGAUGACAAGCAAAAGUUAUCUCAACAUGUUGAUGAAACAAUUCAAUGGUUAGAUGCCUCUCAACAAGCUUCCAAGGAAGAAUACGAAUCACGAAUGAAGGAAUUACAAGAUAUCGUAAACCCUAUCAUGUCCAAAUUCUAUCAACAACAACAACACACUGAUGCCUCUUCUCAUGAUGGUCAAUCGGAUGGUCCUACAGUUGAAGAAGUGGACUGAAAAAAAAAGGUGUAGGUUUAGGUAGUCGGGUUUUAUUAUGUUAUAUCGUAUUAUUUUGUUAUUAUUAUUAUUAUUCUUAUUAUUUGUUGAUAUUCUGUAUUAUAUAUUAUUGAAAUAAAUUUUAUAUUCUUUUUUUUUUAUCUUGGACGUUGAACUGGAUGAUUGGAUGAAUGACUGAUAAGAUGAUGCAAAAGUAAGGAUGAAGUUACUUGGGUGUACCUCUUAACGACACAAAGAUAAAAUUUAUUUACUACCAAAAAAAAAAAAUCAUAAU